CUCCUCCUGCCAUCACCCUAGAAUAGGAGCAUUUACCUCCGCUUUCUCUCUCUCCCUCUCUUCCAUCCUCAUGCUCCCUCUAUAUAUACACAUCUCCACCCUGUUGCUGGGUCCUCUCUUCCACCCACUGCAACCCCAAAUCUCUCCUUCCUCACACACGCGAAGCUGAGAGACCAAAGAAGAAGAAGAAGGAGCGAGCAAGCAGAAAGUUAGCUAGCUGCUAGCGUGGAAGUGCCCAAGGCGAGAGAGAGAGACAAGCCUAGGACGGCCGCGCCAGGCUAGCCAGCCAGCUGCUAGCUCCUGCGGACGAGCCGAUGGCUGGCGCCGACGUCGACGUCGGGACGGAGCUCCGGCUCGGCCUGCCGGGAGGAGGCGCCGCGGCGGCCAAGAAGGACACCAUCGACCUCAAGCUGAAGCUGCCCACCGCCGGCAUGGAGGAGGCGGCUGCCGCCGCCAGGCCGGAGCCGGCAGCCGAGAAGGCCAAGAGGCCCGCCGAGGCGCCGGCCGCCGAUGCCGAGAAGCCACCUGCACCCAAGGCACAGGCCGUGGGCUGGCCACCAGUCCGGUCGUACCGCAGGAACGCCAUGACCGUCGUCCAGGCCGUGAGGAGCAAGAAGGAAGAGGAACCUGAGAAGCAGCAACAGCCCGCUGCCGCCAACGCCUUCGUGAAGGUCAGCAUGGACGGCGCGCCCUACCUGCGCAAGGUGGACCUGAAGACGUACGGCAGCUACAAGGACCUCUCCGCUGCACUCAAGAAGAUGUUCGGCACCUUCGUCACCGCAACUGGGAACAGCAUGAACGAGGGGAGAUUGGUUGAUCCGGCCGGCGAUGCUGAUGAUGUGGUCACUACUUACGAAGACAAGGAUGGUGACUGGAUGCUGGUCGGCGACGUCCCGUGGGAGAUGUUUGUCGACUCAUGCAAGCGUCUGAGGAUCAUGAAGAGUUCUGAAGCCAUAGGUCUUGCACCAAGAACGAAGGAUAAGUGCAAGAACAAGAGCUGAAGAAGAUGCAGUGUUAAAGAUGUUGCCCAUUGUAUCAGAAGAAUGGUCCCCUUGCAGUGCGCUGCCGUUUUUUUUUUCCUACUAGAAAUAUAACGCGUUUUAAUUACUAGUUGGAGGGAGACCUGUCUUGUUCAACUCGUUCAUGGACCAGAAGCAAUAAUAUAUCCGUGUGUAGCUGGAUUGGUGUUAUGUCAUGUCCCCUACCGUGUCUCCCAGAAUCUACUUGGUGAUUUUAUUCCAGUGUUGUUAAUCAAGUU